GACAGACACUAGGGGGAUGGACAGAUCUCAUUAAACAGCUCACCCCUCCCCCCCUGAAGGGAGAGAACCCGACAUCUGAGCAGCCACAGAGAGAGCCCCUGAGAGACAACUCAGCAGCAGCUUGCACUGGGAGCCGGAGCAGACAUUUUGUUGCCUUGUUUUUAUUAUUUUGAUACAUUGUAUUUCAAUCCUCGUUCUAUUGGUUUUUUUUUCCCCUCUUCUCCAAGAUUAGGAGGGAGAGGAGAGGAGGGGGGAAGCCACAGAGCAGUCCCGGCUCUGCUCUGAUUAAACUGCACUCAUCAGCAAAAGCUUCCACUCCACACUGCGAAAAAAUAUAGAGGGUCCAGUUUGAUCUUCACCACCACCACCCUAUUUAGAGGGACACCCCCUCACCCUGCUGUGAGCUCCUAUUUCGGAUCUCCUCGGAUUGCUGAUAAGAUCUCUACUCUUGUGCUGCUAAAAUUAGCUGUCCCUGGUGUGGAUUUUCCUUGUCUGUGCCUGUGCACCCUGGACUCGUGGAGCCGCCAUUUUCCCGUUGCAUCUUAUGUGUGACAGAUUGCCGCAGACCCCGAGCUCUUGAACUCAGAGCACUCCCCCAGCUUAGAGCAUGGGUACGUGAAGCCCAUACCAGCCCGCGGAUAUUCUAUGGGGCUCUUAUUGAUCUAGGGACCGGGCGCAAACCAUGAUGGGACAGGGCAAAGGGAUUCCAAAUUAUUUCUUCUCAUCUUUGAUAUUGGAAGUUUAGAACAUACUGAAAUACUGUUACAGUUUUAGACUGUUUUACAGUCCACGUCUCAUACACUUUCUAAUACGUUAGUGGACUGUACGAUUGCAAUGGAGCAAAGAGAGAACCUGAACGGCAACCGACAAAGGGGUUGCGAUGCUGAUUUGUCAACUGUGAAAGCCCCAGCCAUUUCUAGCUGUACUGGAGACACCUUGAUGCCUGCGUCUGGAACUACCAAGACUGGACCUGGAAAUGGAGAGGUUAUGGAGCCAGAGGAAGAAGAUGAACUAGGUUCUGGAAGGGAUGUGGAUUCUAAUUCAAAUGCAGACAGUGAGAAGUGGGCACCAGGUGAUGGUUUAGAAGACCAGGAGUUUUCUAUCAAGGAGGCUAAUUUUACAGAGGGAAGCCUAAAACUUAAGAUACAAACCACUAAGAGGGCAAAGAAACCCCCCAAAAAUCUGGAGAACUACAUAUGCCCUCCUGAGAUUAAAAUUACAAUAAAGCAAUCAGGAGAGCAGAAACUCUCCAAGUCUGGCAAAAACAACAAAGCAGGGAAGGAAGAUGACCGAGGUCACGCAAAAAAGAAGGUACAUGAAAAAUUUCAAAAGCAUUCUGGGGCCCAUUUUGACUCUGGCAUCUCUCCCAAUAUCACCACUGACACCUUACAACCAAAGCACCAGCAAAAAGGAAACCAGCUUCAUGUUGAUUGGUUAAAUAGCUCAGAUAAUGGAGCAAAGCUUCAGAAUUGCUUUUUGGAUGUUGAAUCCAGCAAAGAUACAUUGAAUGUCACAAAGAGUCCAAAUACAGAAGUGGGUUCUUCAUUUCUCAAAUGUCAGUCAAAAAAAUUUAAUGUUGGUAGUGCAUGGAGUCAGUUGUCUAAUGGAAAAGAUAUUUCACCUUGCAAUACAGUUUCAUCGCCAAGUAACAUUGUGUCACCAACUAACAAUUCUACAGAUAGCAAUUCACAAUUAGAGGACCAAAAAAAUGGGUCAGUAGAACCAUCAGAACAACCCAAUGGGAAUGUGAGGAGGAAGGCUUGUAAAAAGGAUUUAAAUCAAGCCAUAAAAGUGACUGAGCUUGAGUGGGUCAAGGAUAAUCCAAAAUCCUUAGAUCCCAAAAGUCAUGAUAUUGCAGAAGGGAAGAAGGAUAAUCAUCCCGCAGAUGAUGAUAAUCUCAUGACAGCUCAACGUCAAGAUAGCUCCAACAACAGUAAUGAAAGUGACUCGAACCAUAUGAGAAUCACUAUUCCUAUUAAAUCCACAUCAAUGGAUCCUCCUGCAAACAAAAGAAAAAAGAAACCUUGCAUAAAGGCUAAUGUAGAUAAAAAAGUCCCAGAGGACCAGCCUUCAGGACGCUUGGUAAUUACUGAAAUAAGUAACCAAAUCAAUGCUCAAACCCAAGUCAACAAAAAAGAUAACAGAGUCUUGAAGCAGGGUAAAGUUAUUGGAAAUGAAUUGCCAUCAAAGUUACCGGAGGUCAAUGGUAGUGGAGUAAAACUUUUCAUGAACAGCAUGGCCCGUCUUCAAAAAUCAGCCACUCCACCAAUAUCAAAAGCCAUUUCUGAAAAUCCUAAAUCUAGAGCAUCACAGUUACAGCAUCCAAAACUUGCAGCUAAGAAGAGAUGGACAUGUGGAAAACCUAGAAUGAAAACUCUGCAUGAGAGUUUGGUUGCGUCGUCUGAAAAAAUUGUGAUUGAGCCCCCAUCUGCCUACCCUAUAACUCCAUCAAGUCCUCUUUAUACAAAUACAGAUAGCCUUACAGUGAUUACACCAGUGAAGAAGAAAAGGGGCAGGCCAAAGAAACAACCUCUGCUUACUGUUGAAACUAUUCAUGAAGGAACAUCUACUAGCCCAGUAAGCCCUAUAAAUAGAGAGUUUCCAGGGAUAAAGAAAAGAAAAGGCAGGCACACACUCUCUGAGCUUGUCCAAAUAACACCUAUGGAUAAAUCCAUCACUGAGUUGGAAAUACACAAACAUGUUGGGAAGCUUGGCAUGCUUGAUAAGAAAACCAUUAAAACCAUCAAUAAGAUGAAAACUCUGAAAAGGAAGAAUAUUUUAAACCAAAUUUUGUCUUGUUCCAAUAGCAUGGCCUUGAAAUCCAAAUCUCAGCCACAGUCAAAUGCAAUAGCAGCUGUUACCACAACUCUAGAUGCUAGAUUAGGCAAGCAGAUCAAUGUUAGCAAGAGGGGAACAAUCUAUAUUGGCAAGAAAAGGGGACGGAAGCCAAGAACAGAUCAGACCCCUCCUCCACAGAAUGAACGUAGAACAGCCAUUAAACAGACAAGGCCUGUUUCUAGCCAGCCUGAACACCCAGCAGUGCCUUCAAACUUGCAGUCACUUGUGGCAUCUACACCAGCAGCUUUUCAUACAUUUACUACACAUCUAAUGGGUUCUAAUGGGAAUCAUAGUCCUGCCAGCACUGAUACAAUAUUUUCAGAGUUAAAAACUAUGCCAAAUCUUCAGCCAAUCAGUGCUCUUCCAACAAAAACCCAAAAAGGAAUACAUGGCAGUACUUGGAAGUUGUCUCCACCAAGACUGUUGGCUCACUCACCUUCUCACCUGUGUGAGAUUAGCUCUCUAAAAGAAGUCACAUUGUCACCAAUAAGUGAGUCUCAUAGUGAAGAAACCAUACCAAGUGACAGUGGAAUUGGUACAGACAACAACAGCACUUCUGACCAAGCUGAGAAAAGCUCAGAAUCACGUAGAAGAUAUUCUUUCGACUUCUGUGCCCUGGACAAUCCAGAGGUUACUCCUUCUGACACCAGCACAAAGAGCAAGCAUGGUCACAGACCAAAACAUCUCAUCGUUGAUAACUUUCUUGUUAAUGAAAGUGUUAAAAAGCCAAAGCACAAGAGAAAGAGGAAAUGUUUGCAGAACAGGGAUAAUCUGCAGUUUCUUGCAGAUCUUGAUGAACUUAUCAACAAGUUUCAAGUCUUCAGAAUUUCCCACAGAAGCUACUCAUUUUACCAUGAAAACCCUUACCCUAGUAUAUUCAGGAUUAAUUUUGAUCACUAUUACCCAGUGCCAUAUAUUCAGUAUGACCCAUUGCUCUACCUUCGCAGGACUUCUGAUAUGAAAUCUAAGAAAAAGCGUGGUAGACCUGCCAAAACCAAUGACACCAUGACAAAGGUGCCUUUUUUACAAGGGUUUGGAUACCCUGUUCCAAGUGGAAGUUACUAUGCACCAUAUGGAAUGCCUUACACAUCAAUGCCUAUGAUGAACCUUGGUUAUUAUGGUCAGUAUCCAGCUCCUUUGUAUCUGUCUCACACACUUGGGGCAACAUCUCCAUUUAUGAGACCCUCUGUACCACCUCCACAGUUUCACACGACCUCUCACAUGAAGAUGUCUACUGCUGCCAAGCAUAAAACAAAGCAUGGUGUGCAUCUGCAGCCAUCAGUAGGACUGGGACUAGGUGACAUGCAGUCAUCUUUAGCCCAAAAAACUGGAGGAGUUGGUCUGUCAAGCAGCCGGCUUCACAAAAGGAAACAUAAACACAAGCACAAACAUAAGGAUGAUCGCAUCCUUGGGGGUCACAGUGAUUUUGGUGGUCUCUUUUCAAGCAAGUCAACUAGCUUUUCAAGCCAUGCAUCAAAUGAGAAGCUUAGUCCUUCUGGUAAGGAACUUUCCUCCUUAAAUGAGAAAAGCAAACAUAAAGAGAGGCAGAAGCACCAGCAUUGUGAACCUGUGCAAAGAAGUUCAAAGAGCAGCUUUGAGGUAGACACACUGUCAUCGUUGUCUCUUUCAGAUGGUCAGCAUUGGUCACAAUCAAAAGAUAAAACUGACUUAAACAAUGAAUCUCUUGAUAGUUGUUUAAAAAAAUAUUCUGGGAAUAAUGACUGCAAUAUAAGAGCAGAUCCUUCUGACAUUUUUGUUGAAAUGAGUUCAUCAAUUGAAAGGAGAGACUGUGAUGGGAGUGUUGGAAAAAGGCGGACCUUUGAAGGCUUUGGAUCAUACAGAGAAAGAGACCUUCAGUCUUUUAGACUCAACAAGAGGGACAGGAACUCUUUCGAUCCUGCUGGAUCAGGUUUAACAAAUCCACAUAUGAUAAAUAACAAAAACGACACAUCUUCUUCCAGCAACAUUGUGAAAAGGAAGCCAGCAACAGAAUCUCUAGCUGUACCAGCAAAUCAGCUGUUAAACUUCUUCUCAUCAUCAACAGAUUCAGCCAGUGCUUCACUUCGAAAAAGAUUCAAACGUUGCGAGAUAGAAGCAAUUCAGUGUGAAGUGCGAAAGAUGUGCAACUACAAUAAAAUUUUGUCAACCAAAAAAAAUAUGGAUCACGUAAAUAAAAUCCUGAAAGCCAAACGGUUACAAAGACAAGCAAAGACAGGCAAUAACUUUGUAAAGAAGAAGAGAGGGCGCCCAAGGAAACAGCCAGUGUUGUUUGAUGAAGACUCUAGAGACCAAAUGCCAGUUUUGGAAAAGUGUGUGGAUCUCCCUAGCAAACGAGGUCAGAAGUCCAGUUUUCAUCCUAUGCAGUUGGAGGUAAACCGACAUGACACAGUCAUGGAUACCAUUGAAGCAGUAAUUCACAUGGCAAGAGAAAAUCAGUCUUCUCGUGCACCAAGAAAUGGCAAAAGAAGAUCUGGCAUUGAAGAAGAAGUCAAGACAAAAAGGCACAGAAAGGCGAGAAGAGGUGAAUUGGAAAAUAAUCCAUAGGACUUCUGGAAAGAGUACAAACUGAUAAACAUAUCUAGUCUGGCAACAGACGUAAAAGGGUACUUGUUACCAUAACAAUGGCUGCAGAAACAGACUUGUUUUUUCCCCCUUUUAUUAGAGCAAAAAGUAGCAACUUGGUUGAAAUGUUUCUCUUCGCACUAGACUUUAAAUCAUUAACUUGUUGGUAUAUCACCUAUAACUGCAAUGCUAUAAGUACUACACAUAUGCAGAAUUGUAACGUUUUGCUUCCAAGGGAAUUUCUAAUGCACCAUUCUGCAUUUCACGACUCAGUGGAUGUAAUAAAAUUAACUGAAGGUGUAAUCAGUUAACUUCCACCAGUAGCUAGAGAUGUGAUAACCAUGUGUAUCAUGGUUGCAAAAAGAUUUAUUUUUUAUUUUUUUGUGGUUUGGAUUUGUGGGGUUUGCCUUAUUUCCCCAUAUCCCGAUAAACCCUUUGGCAGAAUCAUUUAUGUUCCUUAACACACAUUUAAUUCUUAUUUCAGAUGAGUUCAAGUAACUUAAGUGUAGUCUCUAUAACUUCCAGGCAUAUGAGCUAGCGAAAUCUGUUCCUGAACAAUCAUACCCCGUGGCAUAGUAAGAUGCCAAGCAUUCAUUGUGAUCACAAAGACAGUGUUUAAUAAAAAUAUGUACAGCUUUCAAAUUAGUUACCAAAUAAAAGAAAAAAAACAAGAAAACAAAACAAAACAUUAUGUACAUGCUACGUCAGUAGCUUGUUCAUAAAGGAAAACCUCACAUUUCACAGCUUAUAGCUGGCAUCCUAGUAAUAAAGGUUAAUACUUAGAAACUGGUUGCUUAAACACAUAGUAAGUGUUCUUAUCUGAAAUUAAAAUGAUUAAAGGGUUUCACCACUGCAAUUAUUUUUAGCCACACGGGAGAUCAUGUUCCAAAUUGUGGUUGCCUUAAUUAAGUGACUUUUGUACAUAAUGUAAGUAUAAAGUUAUCAGUCUGCAUGAAUGCAAACUGUCUGUGACUAAUAGUCUCCUCUUAUUGGUCAGUUAGCCAUUGUUCUAGCUUCUACAAAGUGUCAGAGUUCAAGCGCGUGUUGCUAAGGCCCGGAAUAGGUAUGAAUGUUACAAAAUAUGGGGGCUUUUGACAUUCAUGUCCACGAUAGCCCCAGAGUUGCCCAACAAAUAUGAUUUAAAGAAGUAUUUAGAAAUGGCAAGUAAGUUACAUAUAUUUUAAAGUCUCUGUUUGAAACCAUUGGAUUGGUUCGAUCAAUUGUUUAUCACAGCUUAACUUUCCAUUAUAAUGCCUUUCAAAUGAUCAUGGUUUAGUCUGCAAUAAUGCUAGACGUGUUACUUAAUCAUUAGAGAUAUUGGCCUAAUGAACAGUUAUGGUAUUUUGGUCUUAAAUCAAUUUAUUAUUCAACGUUGCGUAAUACGGUGAUAGUUUGUAGCAAGUAUUCAUUGCCACAACACAGUUUAAAAAAGAAAACUAAACGCAUACAUACAUAAGCAUACUUCUUUUCUUACAGACGGACAGAACAUUAAAAUGUCUUAUACGUAUAUUAAUCCUAAACCCUAUAAAAUGUCAACCCAUUUCCUUAUAGUUUCUGCUAAACAAAUUAGAGUUGUCUAAUGUAUUUUUAAAAUGAAAACCUUUUUCAAACGGGGGUUUUAAGUGUACUACUUUGAGAAGAUAUAAUGGGGGGUAGGGGUGGGCAUUUAUCAAAGCAGUGCUUCUGUUUUGCACUAAGCCAAAAAUACUGCCAGAUAUAUCUUUGAAAAUAUAGUAUUAUUUUAAUAGAGCCGCAAAUGCAGAACUGAAAAGGUGUUAGUCUGAGUUAGAAGAGCCUUUAUCUAUUGCCCACAUUGCCAGAUGUAGUUUAUAUGGCAUUUCUAUUACACUUGAUUUCAUUUAAUUUUAUCUUCUUUUUUCUGAUGAAGUUUGAGUGAUCUCUAGUAUUCUUUUUAAUACGCUCUGUUCUUUACAGGCUGUGCCGCGUUUUCUUUGGCAAUUGUGUAAGCCGUUAGGGUAGCUUUACUUCUCAUGUCUCCAGGCACACAUAUUAACAAUGACCCUAACAACCCCCACCAAAAAUAGUUCAUAAUAAAAUGGACCUGUAACAUUUGCAUUUCAUAAGCUUUAUAGUUCAGUAUGUCAAAUCACCAGACACAACCAAGUUCUAGAGAUUAUUAAAGUUAGUAAAUAUGAAUUUUGGAAAUCCACCUCAUCUGUAUGCAAGUAAGAUCCACAUGUCACAAGAGUUAUAUAAUUUGAAGGAAGAAGAGUGCAACAUUAUGAGGUAAUUACUUGCAAGUCUUACCACAAGUCGCUCAACUUAGCCAGUCUAGGUUACAAUAAGCGGCAGUAUUAGCAGCUAUACACAAUUUAGACAAAUGCAUUUAAUAAAAUUGGUUAAGGAGAUAGGUCCAAGCUAUGAUUCUCGGGGGAUUGUGUAUUUGGCAACGGGUGCACAGAGUUACUUACAAGGUGUACCCAUUUAAGUGUUUAUAGGGUCCUGCUUGGACCAGUCCUUAAUGGUUAACUGUGCUCCCAUGGUCACCUAAACCAGCUGUAUAUGGUUAUGUGAUUUCAAAACAAAUUUUUACCAUCACAUUUUUCCAGUGACAUUUUAUGGAAAUGUGUUAUCUCUUGAUCUCAGGGAUAACAUUAAUUAACAUUUUAUGGUCCAUCAUAAUAUACAGCGACUUGCUAAAAAUCCAUAUUUUAUUUUUCCCUCCCUGGACUAAUUUAGCUUUUACAAACAAUCGAGAGGGCCACCACAUGAGCUUAUUACAGCAUAUUUUUUCCUUUCAAAUUUACACCUGUUUGACGUUCAAUUGACUCACUUCUUGAUGGAACCAUGCAUGCCUUUACACACGUUCCAAUUAUCCACACUAUAUGGGGAAUCAAUUAGAGAUGGCAAAAGUUUUAGUUAAUUGUAAAUAUGCAUGCUGAUGCUUUAAAAUAUAUUCAAUCAGUAUUAUUUCAUGUUGAUAAUAUGAAUGAAUGGGUGUGUUUCUGCAACAAAGUCACUGGCUAAACCAUGUUUGGUACAACCUUCAGAUUUAAAUCUUAAGAUGCCAUUCACUUUUGCAGUUUAUCAAACCUGCAUAUGCCAGUCGUAUAUUUGCUAAUCCCUCUAGGGUUGUUGAUGUUGAAAUGCAGGAUGCGUUACCCUAAAACUCUUAACAUUUUAAUUUCAUUUUUUAUGCCUGCCAUGUAUCAUAAUGAAUAAGGUUCAGCAUAUUUUAUGUCAUAAGUUAUAAAAGGCCCAAGUAAUUCUCCUUU